UUACCCUAAAAACCGGACAAUGGUUACCAGAAGAUGUCAUGGACAGUUACUUGCAAUAUUUAUGCACCAAAACUACUUAUCUUGCGAAGCGUAUUCCAACAUUCGCAAUAGGAAGCAAAAAUAUUUACUCGGAAUGGUCCCAACACUACCUAAACGGAACCACUGGGUGCUGGCAACAGCAAAAAUUGGCGAGAAAGAAUUAAUAUUGACUGAUUCACUGAACAAAAGAACUAGUAUUGAGAAAUUAAAUAUAUGGAAGGAGUAUUGUAAGUUUUUGAAUAAAAGUCAAGUCUCCCCUCCCCCAAUUAGACAUGAUCUUCGAAAUCUAUGCACAAUUGAAUAUGAGAAAUAUUUUUAG